CUGGUGGGGAACGGGACCGUCCUCUGGCUCCUCGGCUUCCACAUCCGCAGGAACCCCUUCACCGUCUACAUCCUCAACCUGGCCGUCGCCGACUUCACCUUCCUCCUCUUCAUGGUCACCUCAGCCCUCCUCUACAUGAUGGACAACAUCUGCUCCACUGUGGUGUCCAUGAGGUACCUGAGGUCUCUUUUCCUCCUCUCACUCUUCUCCUACAACAUGGGCUUGUAUCUCCUGACGGCCAUCAGCAUCGAGAGGUGUGUGUCCAUCCUC